AAGCGUCCGCCAUGCCACCUGAAGCCUACCUAGAACAGCAGAGUGCCACACCGGUGGGAGUCCACGAUGAAAACGAUGGCUCCCAGGUAGCCCAGUUCUACAAGGAUCGGGUGGUGCUCAUCACAGGAGGAACAGGAUUCAUUGGAAAGGUUCUCUUGGAAAAACUCCUGAGAUCUUGCUCUGGCCUGAAGCGAGUUUACCUCCUCGUGCGAAGCAAGCGCGGCAAAGAACCACAGGCGAGGCUCAAGAAAAUGUUCGACUCACAGAUGUUCGAACACCUAAAGAAAGAACAACCGGGAGCUCUUGAAAAAGUAACGGCAAUGGCAGGAGAUCUGGCUCAGCCAGAUUUGGGGCUCAGUACGUCUGAUCGGGCCACCUUGGUCGACAAUGUGUCUGUCGUCUUUCACUCCGGUGCCACGAUCAAGUUUGAUGAGCCUCUCAGGGAUGCAUUCGAACUCAACGUUUUGGGCACAAGGAGAGUUCUGGACCUCUGUAAGCAACUACGAAAUAGAUGCGUUCUUGUGCAUGUGUCAACAGCAUACUGCAACUGUGACAAGCCGGAUGUCCACGAGGUGAUAAAACCGCCGUGUGAAAAUGCCCAACAAUUUUUUGAAGCUUUGCAGUCCGCAGGCGCCGAAGCAACGGGCAAUACGAAAGAGUGCUUGUUUGGCCAUCCAAAUACGUACACUCUGACCAAGAGUUUAACUGAAUCGAUGCUGCUGGAAGAACGAGGAAACAUUCCCGUCGUCAUCGUACGGCCCUCCAUUGUCACUGCCUCGUUGACUGAGCCGCUCCCGGGCUGGGUCGACAAUUACAACGGUUGCACUGGCGUCGUUGUAGGGGUAAGUAUUGAUCAAAUAUUUGAUCAGUUCUAA